CCUACUCCUUUUUCCGAGCAAUAAAUGGAAUCGCAUUCAUACUUUAAGUCUUUUGGUCCAUACUGAUAGGCUGGAAGACCGACCUUGGCUUACUGUAGAUUUACACCACUUUUUACACGCAUAUUUUAGGACACAACAACGUUCAAAGUUCAUAGAAAGUUCUAUCUGAAAUCAUGAAUACAGCUGCAAGAUUGUUGCUGCUACUGCUGCCUCUGCACUUUUGCACUUUAGCUGAAAUGGAACUACUUCACAGGGAGAGAAGAGGAACACGCAACUAUAGAGACCACUGUGUAGACUCAGUCUCAGCUGCAGUCAGACAGAAAGGGGAAACUUGGCUACGAUGGAGAGGUCAGAAAGUUGAGACUUGCCGCUGUGCCUCAAGAGGAAGAGCACGCUGCCACUACAUACCCAUCACUACCUGUUAUGCAUCAAGAUGCUACAGUGGUGGCACAUGUAAGGAGGCAGUGUUCUCCAAUGACUUCAUAUGCCUGUGUCCACCAGGAUUUACUGGACAACAGUGCGAGAUCAAUUUGAAUGAGAAAUGUGUGAGUGGGCAGGGCUCUGAUUAUCGUGGUACAUGGAGCAUCUCCAGCUCUAGCACUGAAUGCAUUAAUUGGAACUCAACGUUACUCAGAGACAAAAGAUUCACAGCCAGGAGACCAGACACAAGAAUCCUCGGACUGGGCAAUCACAACUAUUGCAGAAAUCCAGAUGGGGACUCCAGACCAUGGUGUUAUGUUUAUAAAAAGUCUCAAAUUGUGUGGGAAUUCUGUUCUAUACCAAAAUGUCCAACAGACCCUGUACAGGAGUGUGUACAGGGAUCGGGUCAGUCCUACAGAGGAACUCAGGCAGUCAGUAAAAGCAACUCUAAGUGUCUGCCAUGGGACUCACCUGCAAUCUACCACAAGCUUUACACAGCCUGGAGGCCAGAUGCCAGAGAGCAGGGUCUUGGCAGCCACAAUUACUGCAGGAACCCAGACAGUGAUCUUGGUCCCUGGUGUCACAUUUACAAAGGCUCUAAGCUGAUUUGGGAACUUUGUGAUAUCCCCAAAUGCUCAAAGAAACCAUCUACCAUGACAACCCUUGGACCAAGAGCCCCUACAACUGACAUCAGAGGUGCCUCCUGUGGUCAGCGUUCUGAAAUACCCUCUAGUUCUCUGCCCAUAUUCAGAAUACAUGGAGGUCAGGUUAGUGACAUCACACAGCAGCCAUGGCAAGCAGCCAUUACUGUGUACUGGUCACGCACCAAAUCAUACAGCUUUCUGUGUGGGGGAGUCCUGAUCGACUCCUGCUGGGUCCUCUCUGCAGCGCACUGCUUCCAGGAGAGAUUUGCAGAAAAUCGCUUGCAUGUGAUCCUUGGCCGAACCUUCAGGCUCCAGAACUCCAGCAAUGAGCAGACAUUUGAUGUGGAUAGGUAUUGGAUCCAUGAACAAUACAACGAUAUGAAUUAUGACAAUGACAUAGCUCUGUUAAAGCUGAAGAGUGAAACUGGAAUCUGUGCAAUAAAUUCUCCAGAGGUGCUGCCUGCCUGUUUACCAGAACCUGGAAUUGUUCUCCCAGAUUGGACAGAGUGUGAGAUUUCUGGAUAUGGCAAAGACAACGAAUUCUCUCCAUUCUAUUCUGAGCGAAUAAAACAAGGUCAUGUGCGCCUCUGGCCCCAGGAGCAGUGUGUACCAGAGAAACUCUCUGGGCGUGAAAUCACGCUGAACAUGCUGUGUGCUGGCGACACACGUGGCCUAGACGACGCCUGCAAGGGUGACUCGGGUGGUCCUCUGGUUUGUGAAAAGGACAGCAAGAUGACCCUCAUAGGUUUGAUCAGCUGGGGCGAUGGAUGUGGAAAGAAGGGCGUGCCAGGUGUUUACACCCGUGUUACAAAGUACACAACCUGGAUUUCCAGCAAGAUGAGAUCAAACUAAUGCACAAACCCCAAGAUCCAGUGGCUGAAAGUGGACUAAUGUGAAAUUGUCUCAGUCACGCUGACAGUACUGCUGCGCAGAAAGUUUUCAUGUAAAAGCAUGUUCUACCUGGAUUCUCAAAGAAGAGUUGAUGAAAACAGGAAGCAAUAGGAAACUCAAUAAUGAUAAUCCUAACAAACUGUAGAUACCACCCCAGCUACAAAUUUAUUAUCCACAUUUAUUUCCAUAAGACACUCAAUACAGUCAAAUAUGAACACAAAAUGUACACAUGCAGAAAUACAUGUGAAUAUUAUGCUAUCAGAAGUUUAAUUCCAGCCAAUAAAAUAAAUACAUUUAAAUUAUUAAUAUGUUAAAACUGUAUUCAAGUAUCAUAAUAAAUACUGUAAAUAUGUACAGUCUAAUGUGAGUGUAACAUCAGUGCCUAACUGACAUUGUCUUUAUCCUGUGUAGACACAACUCUGUCCAUUUUGCAGAUUGUAAAACAGAGGCUGUUCUUGUGUCAUAAUUAUUUAAUAUGAGGAAAAUAUAACAUUGUUGGGUGAAGAUAUUUGGCUUGAAUUACAGUGGUGCUUGAAA